AUGGCCGAUGAAACAUCGUCGGCUGCCCAAUCCAUUCAGAGCACUUGCUCUCCUUCCCUCAACACCAUCAUCUCCUCCUCCACCGCCAGACCUACAUCCUCUUCAAGGAAUGGCAUUAAUGAGCAUUCCCGGAAAUUGAGUGAAGGGGGGAAGUUGCCAAAUCAGAAUCUAAAUCCAAAUAUUAGACCCUCUCCACCUAUGAAUAUGAUAUCGAACCAUUCUAGAAGCCUAUCGCAUCCUGUCAACAAGACCUCGACAGCAUUAGCAUCGUCGGCUUUUCUAGACCCUUCUUCCACAUCAUUUCCCCAUCCUCACCCUCCGCUUAAACCUCUCACGUUAUCCACCCAAUCCGCUAUUACUACUGCUCUAACAUCAUCUAAUACCGUUUCUAAUACUGCUUCAUCUUCGACGUUCGGCCCUCCUCCUCCUCAUCUGCCACCACCUAUUGCUGCACCCUUCACACCCACUCGUCCUUCCUUGCCUCGUGGCUUAUCGCUUCAAUUACCAUCACAAACCCAACCUCUGCCUCCGUAUCUUGAUCCAGCACUUGGCUUCUCUACCGUUCGACGGCCUCGCCUCGAUUUCACCCGUUCUUGUACCUCUCUCCACCACUCCUUUAUUGCCGACUCUCCUGAUUCGUCUCCAUUAACACCAAGCAUGCCGAUCCCUCGCCGUGGUCUCGACUCUCCAAUCGCCAUGUACACAGGUGGUGGUGGCGGUGGUGGAGGGGGUGGAGCAGGCGGUAUGCUCUCAUCAAUGCUAGCCGACUCACGUGUCCAGUCCGAUUCCAGUUCCGACUCUUCGUCAUCAUCGGAUGAUGAAAUGGAAUUAAGUAGCGCUCAUUCUCAAUUCGGCCCUUCACUACCCAGUUCCUCCGGUGGUAUGAAUGAUAUAUUCAACAGCUCGGCGCUAUUAAAUAGACGACAUAUGACAAGGUUGAGAGGGAAAGGUCGAUCCAGACAGAGCUCGAGCUCGGCGUCGGCUUCUAGUACUUCGUUAGCUUCUCCAUCCCCGACCACCCCACCGAACGGAGAGAUUAAGAAAUCUGCUUCGGGGGGGUAUUUUGGGAGCCAGUUGAGUGAUAUGCUAGCGCAGCGACGACAGUCAAUAUCGCAGGCAAUGAAGAAGAUAGGAUUUUUAAGUGGAAGUGGGGCGAGUGAGGAUACGAAAAUGGAGGGAGCGACCGGGAAGCAAACGGAUGCGGUACGCAGACCAGUUGUGAGAAGGGGAAACCUACUGCCCAAGCCUAAACAUUUUCAGCGUGUCAAGGCUGCACUCAUAGAAGAAUCUGCACCUGUUGAUGCCGAGAUGAGAAUUGAAGCAGCCAUUCAAAGGCAACUGCGAGAAGAUGAUGAUGAGGAAGAUACUAGGACCGUCCCUCAAACACCAGUGCUGAAUGCCCAGGCAGAGGAUGAUAAUGCAUUGGUAUUUGAGGAUACUGAAGAUGAAGCGGGUGGUCCUUCGUUUAAAUCAGCGGCUCAGAGAAACUCAGGUUAUUGGGGGACCCUCGAGUCGUCGAGUCCGAGUGGGUUUAUGGGAUUUAGAAUGAACCCGGAUGGUGAUAUAAUUAUGGGAACGGAUUCUAUGGUGAAUUCUCCAAUCAGUCGUAGUCCUGAGGUUAGAAAGCUCAAGCGGCGACGAGAUGAUGAUGAAAUUCAAUUUGAGCCACCAUCCAUCAUAAAACGAAGAGCUGUCUCCCCGGGCUUCUCGCAGAGCCCUACAGUAUUGUCAUCACCGGUCGCGAUCCCAGCCAAUACCAAUCAAAACGGUACAAACGGUGGAGCGACAAGUGGGACAAGGUCGAAACGAUCUAGUUAUAUACUAGAUGCACAUGAAGGAUUGGGCAAGAUGAGCAUCAGCCCGUUCGGUUGA